UACAGCCUGUAUUUCACUUCACUCUUUAUGGCUGAUAUACGUCGCCGGUGUUUGCCACGCGUGUACUUGAGAAUCUGUUAAAACAUUUUCCAUCUUUUGGUAGUUUGCAGGAGAAUCGGAAAAAUGACAGCACUGACAGUACUACAUAAGUUUUGGUCGGAAUACACAAAAAACACACCUAAGAAACUGAAAAUCAUCGAUGCAUAUUUACUGUAUGUGUUUCUGACGGGUGUUAUCCAAUUCGUAUAUUGUUGUCUCGUUGGCACAUUCCCAUUCAACAGUUUUCUCAGUGGCUUUAUAUCCUGUGUAUCUUGCUUCAUUUUAGGAGUUUGCCUUCGUUUGCAAGUUAAUCCACAGAAUAAAAAUCAGUUUCAUGGAAUAAGCCCAGAAAGAGGAUUUGCAGACUUCAUAUUUGCCCAUAUUAUAUUACAUAUUGUUAUAAUGAACUUUAUUGGAUAAAAUUAUACAAACCGUCAUAUAAGUAUAAUUAUAACACAUCAGAAAAUGCAAUUGUUACAUAAUAAAUUAUUUCUGAUGUAUAUGUAUGUUUUUCUACUUGUGAUUCAGUUACAACUCUUAAUUAGUUAAUAAAUAAUCUAAGUGAAAACAAUUAUGAUGUUAUGUUUAAUAUUCCUUCUUAAUUUUUUCAGACUUGAUUAUUUUAGUAUAUUAUAUGUGUGUUAAUAUCUAUCUUGCAAAAUAUAUUUUUGUGAAAAUUUUCAUAAAACAAAAUUGCCGGGUCAUAACCAUUUACUUUCAACACAUUUCCAUUGAUCACCCUAUGUACAAUGUGAAAUUAACUUCAUAACAGUUAGUGGAUUAGUUAGUUAUAAUUAUAUCUAUACAACUCUAAAAUGGUAUAAAAAAAGUUUGAGCAGGUUUUUCUCAUAGCAAAUGAAGAUUAUUUUUUCCUUUAUGUGUCUUCUUAAAAACUUACUUUGUUAUAACAUGUGCUGACAUAAUUUAUUAUGUAAAGAUACAAUAAGGAUAUAGCACCAUAUACUUUGUUAAUUAUAUUUUAUGGCAAGAUUAUAUAUAUAUGUUAGGCAAUAUGUUAGGCAAGACAAGAAUUUAUCCAAUACCCACCAUAGAGAGAAGAGAAAACGAUGUAGCUACAACAAUCUAUAAUACAUUUUAUUUGUCUUAUUGGUUGUACAAUGUCAAGUGGGAGAUAGGUAUUGCAUUACUAUAGCAAAUAUAGGACACCUUACGCUUAUAUAUACAAAGAUUCUAAGGAAAAAUUUAUAUUGUAUCAUAAAGGUAUAGUUUUAAGAGAUUCAGGAAAGCAUUGUUAUAUAUUUCUUUAACUGGUCAAACCAGCCAAACAUCAUGCCCUUCCGGGAAACGGAAUAUGAUAUAAGAAGGCUUUUUUUGCUUAUGAAAAUAUGAUUUUCGGGCAUAGGCUAUAAACAAAAUAAUACUAAUUUAUUUUUUGAAUGUGUUAAAUAGUGCAGUUACUAUUGGAACAAAAUAUUUUAAAUGUCCUAGGAUUUUAAUGUAACCCCAGUGUUUUAAUAAAUAUAAUAAGAUAUAGCAGGAAAUACUAAAUUUUGUUUGGCGGUGUGCCAGUAUGCUAAAAAUUUACCUUCAUAAUUAUAUUUUUAUCAUUUUCUAUUUAUAUACUACUUAGAGAUCGAUAAAAUAAAUAACUCGAUUAAUAUAUUUUAUAAAAUUUUAGUACAACGAUGGGUAAUGUCAACACCAUUAAUAAAAUAAGUUUUUCUCAUUUGUUCGGUGCAGACGUUUGCGCAAAUGUCUCUAUUUUUUCACUC